AUGCUUCCCCUCCCCCUCCUCCUCACCACCGCCCUCGCAGCCCUCACAACAGCGCUUCCGCAGCCGCAGCCGCAGCCGCAGCAGCAACACCCAGACUCCUACGUCCCUUGCGUGCCGAGCGCCCUGGGCUGCGACGGUAACGUCUCGCAGUACUGCAACAAGGACGGGCAAGGGUGGACGCGGAUCGGGACCUGCGGGGACAGGAGGCGUUUCUGA